CCUGGGAAGGUGGAGACUCGGCGGGGAGGAGGGUCACAGCCUCGGCUGCCCUCCAACCUGACGCUCCCUGGCUGGGCGGAGACGAGGCAGGCGGCUCUUCCCCCACCCUUCCUUCCGUCUCCACGUUGCGCCAGGGCGAGGCAGUCGCGUUGGUGUAGCCAGCCGCUGUAUCGGGAGGCCGGGCGUCCGAUCUUCGCUUGGGAGGCCGGGCGAGCCGUUCCAAGAGGCGCCUCCGACGGCUCCCCGCUUCUGGAGCGGCGUCAUGUCUGGCUUGGAUUAUCUGGCCGCCGAGUGCCUGAUGUCCAUCUCCAGUGGGGCCUUGAUCCACCCGGCCUCCAGCCUCAUCAGCGCGAAAGAAGAGCGAGGCGGGCGUCCCCCUUCCCUCCCCAGCGCCCGCCAUCCGGGGCGCCCCGACUCUGCGCUUUCGGACUGCAGCGGGAGCUGCUCCUCUUCGCCCGGAGGGGGCGAGCCGCGAAGCGGCGUCCCGGUCCUGCCGCAGGCGGGGGAGCUUCCCCGAAGAGCCGGCGCUGACAGCCCCGCCAGCCUCUCCGCCAUCUCCCCGGCCAAAAGGCACCAGUGCCCUUUCCAAGGCUGCAUUAAGGUCUACGGCAAAUCGUCGCAUCUGAAGGCGCAUCUCAGGACGCACACCGGUGAGCGUCCAUUCCCGUGCAAUUGGGCUGGCUGCCAGAAGAGGUUUGCACGCUCGGAUGAGUUAGCCCGCCAUUUCCGCACCCACACCGGUGAGAAGCGGUUUGCCUGCCCACUCUGCGAGAAGCGGUUUAUGCGGAGUGACCACCUGACCAAGCACGCCCGCCGCCACCCAACUUUCCAGCCUGGCAUGGUCCGACGAUCUGAUUGCUACAGAGCCUCCCCUACUGACUCAGCUGGCAGCAGCUUGGCCGGAAGCCCCGCCCCUGGCAGCCCCGCCUCUGACAGCCCCGCCCCUUAAAGGGGGCAUGCCACCAUGUUUCUUGUCCUCCCAGACCUGGCCUCUAGGGGGAGACCAGAUACUAUUUCAGAGGCAUUUUUUUGAUUCAGAAACUUGGUUUCCCCAUCACUUCCAGUUAUGAUUUAAUAUGCCUUAUUUCAGAAAAAAAAAAAAGCUUCUUCUUGUGCUUGGUGGCCAUUUUGAUUAUUGUACAAAUCCCUCUCCCUGCUUGCUUCCAAGCUGUAGCCUCUAUGCACAUUCCCAUCCCACCCAAGCUGAGGAUGGCAGGAUUUGUGGAAACUAAUCCAGCAGACUUGAUUAAACUUGGUUGAUGUUCCUUUGGAACAUCCGUUGUGGCCCCCAGUCAGGGGUAACAGAUGAUUUCCUAGCCCUUGGUCAAAGAGAUAGUCCCAACAUCACUUUGCCUCAGUUUUCCAGCUGCAAAGAGACUUUAUUCCAGGGGUGUGCAACCUUGGCAACGUUUAAGACCGAUGGGAGUUGAAGUCCACAGGUCUUAAAAUUGCCCAGAUUGGACACCCCUGCUUUAUUAUUGUUGGAACUGUUCAGCUCAACCCUUCCCUAUCAUGGUGAGAAUGCUGAUUUUCACAUUCAUUGUAGCCCUCAGGAAAUGAAAGUACCUUGUUUCACUUAGCUUUAAGCCUCUCUUUCUGGCCAACCUACAGAUAAAGGAGAAACGAUUGACUCUUCGCAUUUAGAAAGAGACUGUGGUGGAAACUGCUCUCUAUGAUUUUUGGCCCUCUUGUGUUCAAUAAUCAGAAUUAAAUUGCCUCUGAGUAGGGAGGGACCAUUUUAGCCAUCAAGGCUAACAGCAAAACAUAUGAAAUCAUGGCUUUCCAUCCCGUCUCCCCAUCCCUGGCCUAAAUUGAUUGUCUGCAAACCAUCUUUUGGGGAAAUGUUCAUAUUGACGUAGGCCCUUUGACACUAGAACUGCAGCAAAAGUGGGAGAUGAUUCUUUUUCCCCACAGGGAAAUUGGGUGUUGGUAACUAACCUUUUGACCUGAUACUGUAUGUAAAUAUAUAUCCCCCCCCCCAGGUCAACUUUACUUAAGGUAAAAAAGAUGAGGACCUGUUUCUACGGGUGUAUCUGUUUCAGGGUGUGUGUGUGUGUGUGCGCAUGUGUGUUUAUGGUUUUUAUAAAAUAUGUAUUUAUUCCUUUAAAGAUAGAAUGCAGGAGACCAGUGGUAAAGUUUUAUUGUCUGAAUGGUUGGCACAUGGAUGAACUAAACCUGAAAGGAAUGGGAUUUUUAGUAUGACUCAGGACACCUAAAAGCACUUUUUCUCACUUUCAUGGGGCUGUGGCAACUGCUCUGCACAGCUGUACACCAGGCAAGUGUGUAUGUGUGUGAGUUCCUUGUUUAAAAAUGGAUGCUUUAAUGCUUUUGGUGAUGAUGGUUCUUUGCAAGCUGUCAGGUGUCUCUCAACAAGGCUAGACAGGAAGCAGGCCCAAGCAGGCAUUUGAGGAUACAAAGCUCCAGUAAGUAGAUUUAUGGUGGAAAAAUGAAUGCAGCCAUUAUGAAAGAAUUUCAGUAAUUGCUCUGUAUUAAAUGAAAAGUACGUGUUUUGUGAAAUCCAGCUUUAUUUUCUGGUGGCUUCUAGUGCCCAUAAGCCAUAGCUGGUGUGAAGCUGCUGGUCUAGUAUUAGGCUAUUUGCUUUGGAUUUGGAGAGAAUUGGCUCUUAUAUAAAAGCAUCUUUGAUUUCCUUCAGUGCUCUGCUUCUGAAAAACGUAAAUCCAUUUAUGCAGACAUGGCUGUCUUUGCACUUGCAUUUUGAGAACAAGCCAUGCUGUCACCAUUCUUAGCCUGGCAAAUAAGGUGGAAUAGGAUAAUGAGAUCUGGGCAGAAGUGCCAUUUAGAUGUUUCAAGGGAUAGCAAUAGAAGGAACUGGGAAGCAAAAAGCAGGAGGGAACAGAUGUUGCCAUAUUAAUGAGUCUUCCCCUUGGCAAUAUAGGUGGUUCUCGACUUACAACAGUUCAUUUGGUGACUGAAGUUAAAACAACCCUGAAAAAAGUGACUUCCGAACGUUUUUCACACUGUGCAGCAUCCCCAUGGUCACGUGAUCAAAAUCCAGAUGCUUG